AUGGUGUGCCCCGCGGCGCUGGAGAGCCCCCCGGCGGGCGCGCGGUGUUUCUUGCCGCCAGCGGCGGGGUCCCAUCAGGGCCUCAGGCACGGGCGGGCAUCCCGACGGGAUGUGGCCUGCCAAAUGCGGCUUCCCGGCCUUCUGUCGUCGCCGACGCCGAUCAUCGAGGCCCAGGAGGCAUUCGAGAACUUGCACGCCCUCCUGCCGCCCUUUGUGAGGGAGAAUUUCGCGUCCUUUUACUCCAGCGAGAUGGGAGGCAUCGUUCUGGAACCAGCUGCGAUGGUGGUCCCCAUUGAGGACAGGAUGGUCAUGCGUGGCCACGGCGUCUACGACCAGUGCCUGCUGGUGAACGGGCACCUGUAUCAGCUGGAUGAGCAUCUGCAGAGGCUGUACGCAUCCUCCAGGAAGGCUGGCCUGGAGGCCAGUGUGUCGUUCGGUGAGCUGAGGAAGAUCAUUCUGCACACAACGGCGGCCAGCAGGAAGCUGAAUGGCAUUGUCCGUUUUUGGCUGACAGGGGGCAGGGGCACACUUGGGAUCUCCCCAAAGGAGGGCAAAGGCACCUCAUUUUAUGUGUUAGUCUCAAGUGAGGACAAAUUCCGCGACAUACAGAAGGGUGUGCGUGUCAAAACAAGUCCGGUUCCUUCUCCGCCCCCUUACUUUCUGACAACCUUGACAAAUGGCUUCCUGCCACACGUGGUAGCCACCAUGGAGGCUGAGUCUGAAGACUGCGAAGUGGGCAUUCUUGUGGACGAAGAUGGGCAAGUGUUGGGGGCACCGGCUGCAAACAUUGCAAUGGUGACUGUGGACAACGAUCUCGUGGUGCCCCCUCACGAAGAUACUGUUAGAGGGAUCACAAUGGAACGAAUAUUGACUCUUCUGGAAAAGACUGACGACCCAAAUUUGACUGUGAGCACGGUGGUGAGGCGGCACUUCACUCCUCAGGAGGCGAAGACAGCCCUUGAGGUGUUUCUAACGACUACAGGUGUCCCUGUGAUGGCUGUGACUGAAUGGGACGGCGAGAUUAUUGCAGAAGGAAAGCCUGGGAUCAACACCCUUGGCUUCAAUGCGCUCAUCAACAACGAUGAGGAUGACGUUGAGGGCUCCAGCGUGCAUGCAGAGGUGCCAUAUGGGUACCUCACAGGAAUGGAGGAAGAGGAGGAAGAUGAACUUGCCCUUCGCCUGGACUAA